AAUUGACGCACAAAUGGACUGAUGUUUGAAUUGAAUUGAGUUUCAAAUGAAUACCUAAUUUGUAAGGAUUUGCAAAUCAAAUCAAUUGAAUGACUGCAAUGAUGGGUGACUUGGAGGACGUGUUGACAGCACUGAAGAGGUCAUCGAAAGGACGACUCAGUUAUGACAGGAAUUGGAAGGAAGAGCGCAGAACUCAAGAGAUCAUCAGUGAAGUCAAACUCAACACCUCUGCCAUCACUAUAUCACCCAAAUGUCUCACCAAUGGAUCCGUUCAUAAAAGCAAGAGUUGUGCCAAAUAUAAGGUGAUCGAGAGUUCAAACGAUGGCACCAAAGACACCAAUAGUGGCCCCAAAUGUGAUACAAAUGGCCAUAACAUGGAUGGCGUUGAUAAUAGCGGCCGCAAGAGUUCCGCCUUCAGAUUGAAUGAGAGUAUCGAUGGUUUGGAUUUAAGGAAUUACGAGAAACAACGCCAGGAAUCAGUUUCCGAAGAACUGAGUAAAAGAAUUAAAUGUUUGGAAACAGAGUUCAGAAAAUGUAACGAAGAGUUUGACGAAGAGUUUCGACUCAUUCGCCAGAAGUAUGCGUUGGAUGCCAUCAAACGCAUCAAUGGCUUCGAAGACGAUUAUAAAGCACUCAAAGACAGCAUUUCAUUCAAACUGAUGACCUCUGAAGACGACUCAUUGACCACUUCAACGAAACUCAAAGAAAUCGAAAGCAAACACCAGUUGUUAGUCGAAGAACAGCAGAGAAAACAAUUGGAUUUCAGACGAAAACAACUGUUGGUUGUGAGGAAUGAAAUGGAUUUAGUGGUGAAAAGUGUGGAACAGUUGUGCAACAAUUGGGAGACUGUCAUCAAAAGUGAUCAGUUCUUCCAUACACUUAAACAAGAGUUAAAUCUAAUGAAGGGUUUGCUUCAAAGCAUUGAUAUGUUGUCAACGAAACCUGAUUUAAGUGAUUUAGACGUAAGCAGUGCUCAGAAUCUGAAGCUGGAAGUGAUUCGUAUAAAAGAGAGAUUAGUGGCCGAUAUCGAGAGAUUAAGACACAGCACUCAGGAACCACUAGAAUUGAGAUCCAAUGCCCAAAAUCCUUCAGUUAUUGAAGCAACCGAUCCGAUACCCAUCAACACAAUUGAAUCGCAAUCCAUGUCCGGUUCAGUUGAUAAUAAGGCGUUCAAAGAAUAUCUAAAUUUACAAAAAUACUCGAAUGAAUUCGAGAACUCAUUUCAAAGUUUUGUUUCUGAAACCAAAUUCAAGCAAAAGAGGAAUGAAUUGCAACUAUUCGUGAAGACAACUAUCAAUACGAUAUCGUGUGAAUCCGUUGAACACAUUAAAGACAAAUUGAAUCGUUUGACACAACUCUUCAGCGAAAAGAGUGUCGAAUCCGGAGGAAAACAAAUCAAUUGUUCGGCAAAAGACGGUUCCCUUAACUUCUGUAUAAGUCUUGCCUCAAAGAUGUUUGUCAGCGUGAGUACUAAACAAAAAGAUAUUUCAUUAACAAUGGCUCCGAUUGUGGUAUUCUUAUGGCAACGCUUCCCAACAUUUGGCCAGAUAUUUAUGGCACAUAUGCACGACAAGUGUCCUUAUCUGGUGCCCUAUUAUCCCAAAAGAGACGCCGAAGAUACUGACGAUAAUGAGACUAAAUAUCUUAUCGCUUGUGGAUAUACUAUAUCUAAAGACGGAACUGUUGAACCGGAAGACUCUUUUAUCAAUAGAAUGCGAGCAAUGAUUAAACUAUAUUCAGCUGUCAUUCAGUGCAACCUUCAGGACAAUCACCCGCACGGCUUGAGAUAUGCAUGGAUUUGGAUCUCAAGAACUUUAAACUUAGAGCCGCGGCCCGUCAUCACUGCAGCCAUUCUCGAGUCAUUUAUAUCCAUCUCUUGUCAUAAAUUGUACCGAUUUUAUGGCAAACAAUUCAUCAAAAUUAUUCAUUUCAUUACUAAUGAUUACAUGAAACGCAUCGAAAACGUGACUCAAAAGGACACAAAACGUCAGUCUUUAGUGAAACUUCAGAUGACUGUUGAAGAUAUUAAAAAGAAAAUGAAUCGCAAUGUCGACCAUAAAGUUCUGGCACCCGAAGGCUUAAUACCGGACUACUUCUUUCAAAACUCUUACAACCACUCGAGGGGAACGGCAUUCCAUUUCAACAAUUGAAUCAUAUAUUAUUAAAUUGAAAUUUAUUACAAUUGUCAAUCAUUUUAACAAAAGUCUAUUUAAAUAAUUAAUUAUUUUUAAUUAAUAAAUCAUUUGACGAAUUGAA